AAUCAAAUAUAAAAGUUCCCAGCAACCAAACCAAGAACAUCCCAAUGACAAUUGAAGGACUCAGCUCCAUAUCUUUGGUGACCGAUUCCCCAGACAAGUUCACCGCAGCUGCCAAGUUCUACGUGCGGGCCGGGUUCACCGCCCUCAAGAGCUACAACAAACACCUAAACAAACCUGACCUCCUCGGAGUGUCCAGCGACUCCAUCAGAGAACUUUGGCUUCAGAGCUUCCCAGUGGAAGAGGUCGAUAGCCAUGGCCAGGUGAUCCCGUUUCAGGAGCUGGCAGUCUACCAGGGCGACAACUGCGAGUCCUUGAGUGACCCGGUAUUGAUCAAAUUGAGACUUGUAUCCACUUGUGUCGAGGUGUGCAAAGACAUCCAUUUAUUCACCACCGACGUUGACGGAUGUCACCGCCGUUUUGGCCUGUCAGUCGACCCGCUCGGCAACCGCAUUGUGUUGCUGAACAAGGAGCUGUUAACGGGUCGGGAGUUUGGCUCCGACCAAGAGUAUAUCGACUACCGAAAAUCCGUGUUGGUUCCAGCCUCCAACGAUGCUGAUGCCCACACCGGCCCCCGGACCCUCAAGAAAAAGAUUGCGGUGAUGACAUCGGGUGGUGAUUCACAGGGAAUGAACCCGGCCGUCCGUGCCGUCGUCCGUUCUGCCCUCUUUUAUGGGUGCGAUGCGUUCGCCGUGUACGAAGGCUACGAAGGAUUGGUUAAUGACUAUAUCCGGCGCAUGGACUGGGACGACGUGCGGUCAUUCUUGAGCUUUGGUGGUACCAACAUCGGCACGGCGCGGUCCAAGCGGUUCCGAGACCGUGAGGGCCGGUUGGAAGCGGCUGGUAAUAUGAUCAAAAACGGUAUUGAUGCGUUGGUGGUUUGUGGAGGAGAUGGGUCGUUGACGGGUGCCGACUUGUUUCGGAGCGAGUGGCCGUCGUUGGUCGAUGAGUUGGUGUCGUCCGGGCGGUUCAGUGCCACCGGCGUGGCGCCGUACCGCCAUUUGACGAUUGUGGGGCUCGUGGGAAGUAUCGAUAACGAUAUGGCCACCACCGAUGCCACGAUCGGAGCCUUCUCGUCGUUAGAGCGGAUUACCGAGAUGGUGGACUACAUCGAUGCCACCGCCACGUCGCACUCACGGGCGUUCGUGGUGGAGGUGAUGGGACGCCAUUGCGGGUGGCUUGGGCUUAUGGCCGGCCUCGCCACGGGUGCAGACUACAUCUUCAUUCCCGAGCGGCCCCCCAAGAAUGGGGCCUGGCAGGCCGAGUUGCAGGUAGUGGCGCGCCGUCACCGUGAAGCCGGUAAGCGGAAUACCACGGUGAUCGUGGCGGAAGGAGCUACCGACGAUCAGUUGAACCCCAUCACUGCGGCCGAGGUCAAGGAUGUGCUUGUGGACUUGGGCCUCGAUACACGGAUCACCACUUUGGGCCACGUCCAGCGAGGUGGGUCUGCCGUGGCUUUCGACCGGAUGUUGGGCACGGUUCAGGGUGUGGAGGCCGUUAAAGCGGUGUUGGAAUCAACUCCGGCCUCCGAGCUGCCUAUGAUCGCAAUCGUGGGUAACAAAAUCGUCCGCCAGCCGUUGAUGAAGGCGGUGGCACUCACGAAGCUGGUGGCCGAGUGUAUUGAAGCCAAGGACUUUGAUGGGGCCAUGGCCUUGAGAGAUGGGAAUUUCGCCGAGGCCUACGACCAGUUUCUUCACACCAGUAUUCACGAUGAUGGCACCCACCAGUUGCCUACCACCGAGAGAUUGAACAUCGGGGUCAUCCAUAUUGGGGCCUCGAGUUCCGCUCUAAAUGCUUCUACCAGGGCCAUCACCUUGUACUGUUUGAGUCGUGGCCAUAAGGUGUUUGCGAUCCAGAAUGGGUUCCACGGGUUGAUCCACACAGGGGAGAUGAGAGAGUUGGAGUGGAUUGACGUUGAGGGCUGGUACAACAAGGGAGGUAGUGAGAUCGGUACCAACCGGUCGUUGCCCAGUGAGAACUACGGGGAAGUGGCCUACCACCUCCAGAAAAACAGUUUGGACGGGUUGAUCAUCAUUGGUGGGUUCGAAUCCUUCACUGCUUUGAACCAGUUGAACCAACAACGUCACAACUACCCAGUGUUCCGGAUGCCCAUGAUUGUGAUACCGGCUACCGUCUCUAACAACGUUCCUGGUACCGAAUAUUCGUUGGGAUGUGACACUUGUUUGAACCAAUUGGUCAAUUACUGUGAUGCCGUCAAGCAGAGUGCCUCGUCGACCCGGAGACGGGUGUUUGUGGUGGAGGUGCAAGGAGGACACAGUGGGUUUGUGGCGAGCUUUAUCGGAUUGGUCACUGGGUCUAUCGCCACCUACACUCCCGAAAAGAAGAUCAAUUUGGCGACCAUCCAGGAGGAUAUCGACUUGAUCUUCAAGAUUUUCGAAAAUGACAGAGGCGAGGACAAGAACGGGAAGAUCAUCAUCAGAAACGAAUUGAGCAGUAAGGUCUACACAACCGAGUUGAUAAGUGAGAUUUUAAAGGAGAACAGUAAUAAACGGUUUGAGACCAGAACCGCGGUUCCUGGCCAUGUGCAACAAGGAUUCAAGCCUACUUCCAAAGACAGGGUUUUCGCUGUCAAUUUCGGAAUGAAAGCCGUGCAGUUCUUAGAAGAGCAUCAGGACACCGAUGCCUUAGGAAAUUCCAACCAUGUCAUAAUUGGGAUGAAUGGGCUGAAGGUGACGUGCUCGAGUGUUACGGACUUGAACAAGGAAGCCAAUGUCGAGUUGAGAAAGGGAACCAGAGUCCAUUGGAAUAAGAUGGUGGAAAUCGGCGACAUGUUGAGUGGCCGGCUGUUGAUGAGGAGAUCCAAGUAAAUACCGUAGCUUUAACCUUUUUUUUUUUACCAUAUUUUGGACACGCAUAGAAAGUCUAUUAGUUAGAAAACGCAUUAUUUUAAACCUUGUAGAUACUUUUGAGGCGAUCCUUUUUGACGGAGAACUGCGUCGGCGGGAGGUUUUUCCGCAUAUAUACACAGCAUUAAAAGGGGAAUUAUUAGCCGGAACCAGUGAAACCAGACGAGCAAGGGACUAGACGAAUUGAAAAC